AUGCUCGAAGGCGACAUUACCUUCAGAUGCGGUCACUAUCACGACUAUCCCCAGCCAACUCCUCAUGCCAACUGCAUCCGUCAGGGAAUUUACGUGUAUGAACCCGAGCGGGAUCGUACACCAGGUGAACCGGUUCAUCAUUGGGUCCGGCGGGAUGGGAAUCACGAUAUAGUGGGACCUGAUUCUGACCCCUCAUUGCGAGUACCUCUAGAGGCACCAGAAUCCGUGAUGGAUAAGGGUUAUAGAAUGCCAGAGCGAGUACGGAUAUCAGAGCUUCCACCAGGAACGGCACCAGGGCGCACUCCUAGAGAUACCCCUGCGCUACGGAGACCAGCAGCACCAGCACCAACACGAGCAAGCACUUCUAGAGAGAACCCUAGAGGUAACCUUGAGGUUAGUCUACGACGAAGACUAAAGCAAGAGUCAAAGGAAAGGAAACGUGCAGAACAACAAAGACGGCGGUCACAUGCAGACUCCAGGAGAGAAGAGGGACAUACCUCUAGAGGAGCGGAAGCAAACACACAAGACAUCAAAGAAGAUAUACGAGGCGCCGUGCAGCUCAUAUUGGAAAAGGAACUGAGGGACGUGAUGAAAAGAAAAACGUAUCAGGACAUCACGGAGGAGGAAGUGAAGAGGGAGGCAUGGAGGAAUGUUUAUGCUGAAGUGAAUCGGGUAUUGCUGAGGGAGAUGGACAAUAUAAUGGAAGAGACGAAGGAAAUCUUGGAUGGGGACUUGGCGGUGAUGGUGGAGAGGGUCAAGAAAGAAGGGGUUAGAGAGGAGGUGAAGGAGGAGGGAGAGGGCGAAGUGAAAGAGGAGGUGAGGGUAAAGGAGGAGGUGAGAGUGAAGGAUGAGUCGGAGUAG